AUGGUCUUCUUCAAGCGCCUCUCUCGAAGUCGCAGCAACUCCCAGUCCUACGUCGACCGAGACAACAGCUACGACUCGCGCCACGACUCCAAGACCAAUUCCGCUUCGUACGACGACAAGUACAACAACGCCCCCGUCGUCCAGUCCCCCACCGAUCUCGAUCACGAACAGGCCUUGCCCGUCUCGCGCCAGAGUAAUACGGCACCACAGCUCGGUGAUCCCCUAGGAAAGGAGACCGGCGCGGGCGCAGACGCCAUGUACGCACGCAGAGACCGUCCUACCGAAGUCGCUUCUCAGGAUCGCUAUCACUCAAACAGCUACCCACCGCAGCAGCGAAGCGGCGGUAACAUGAGCAACGGGUACAGCGCAAGCAUGGGUGGAAGCCAAGGAUAUCCAGAUGCGCCUCCUAGCGCUUCGAUGAAGAAUGAGCCAGCACCAGAUCUCCUCCUGCAAGCUUUCAACCAAGCUAUCCGACCUUACUCCGACAAGAUCGAGACGCUGGAGAAUGAGAUUGGCGAUCUGAAGGCGUACAUCGAUGCGCUUGAGCGGCAGCGGACUGAUGUGCACGCGUGGAUCGACAAGAGAGGGUUGCGGCCAGAUGUCCCCGCCAGCAUUGCGUCGAUCAUGGACUCGACCUCACAUGCUUCCUCACCCACUCACGCUGCAGCAACCCUGAACGCCCAGCUCGACCGCAAGAUCACGAUCGUUAACUUCGACCUGCAUCGUUUGCAAGAUGACCUCAACGACUCCCUCCCCACGCCAUCCUUCUCCGCCUGCAUGCUCAAGUUCCUGCCCGACAUCACCCGUCUCUCCUCUCUGCCAUCCGGACCACGGUAUGCGUUCGACUUACUGCUGAAGCUCGGUGGUAAUCUCAAUUCUCACGGCGGCCUUGAGAACGGCGACGAAGACGAUCUGCGCGAGCGAAGAGCCUUCUAUGGCCGGUUGGACGAAGCGAUGGUCGAUGUGGUGAAGGGUAGGUUCAAAGAGGAGGGAGACAGCUGGGGAGUGCAGCGAGAGAUCAAGAGGAUUGAGAAGACGGGUGCAUAUCUUCGCAAUUGGGGCGUUGAGCCUUACUUCCCACAGACGCUCGAGGUCAUGCGCGACGGCAGCAUGCACGGUCAGGCUACCGCUGGCGGUGCUGUGUCGCCAAACUACACUUAG